CGGUCUGUCAAGACAGCUAUGCUCGAGGCUGCCAAGGCAAGCCUCAAAGUCGAAUGCGAGCCGGAGAGGCUGAGGUUCGUGUUGGAUGGUCGAGAUCGACACGUGCGAAGAAUGGGUCGAUCUCUCCCCCGGCCUGGUUCAAAGCGAGAUAAGCGAGACUCCUGCAAAAGCAGCCAAACACCACACCUAUCUUUGGCUUUCCGCUUCGUGUUGGACGAUGCCAGAACGUCGGCUUCCUCGCCGAAUCGUGUUCACCGGCAGUCUCGUUCAGCAUUGUCGAGCCCAAGAGUGCCAUCCAGCGCCAGGCAGGUCGGUCCUGGCUGGUCUUCGCAGCGCGGUACCGGCAUUUGACAGAAAGCCAAGCAUCAUUCCACGAGGCCAUUCAGCUGACAUGGCUCUAGAACAGCCCUACAAUAUCUGCUUCGCCUCAUCAUGCUGUGCCCAGCGCAACGAGCGAAUGACAAUGAUGACCCGUUCAAUCCUGCUUGUUCGCCUUGCAGCGGGGACGAUUGUAAGCUGUGAAGUUUAUGCUCGAUCAUCCGGGCGUUCCUGGACCCGAACAUCUCAGAAUAGGACACCGUGCAGCUGCGAUCUGCAAGCCAUGAGCGGCACGUCGAGCACAGCUGAUGCUAUGGACCAUCUCGCAAGUGCCGAAUUGCAGCUUGGUCUUCUCUCAAGACAUACUCUUGCUGUUGGAACGGUUCCGCCACACCGGUACCGGAAGGGUUCAACGUUAAUGUCGAGAAGGGGAAGCAGAAUAAAGAAGCAACAAAGAAGACACCGUCUAGCUUCCUGGGCACCAUAACAUGGGCCUUUGGUUCCGAUGUCUUACUCCACGUUCGCGGCAAUUCCGGUAAGGCCCGGGGUACACCGACUGAAUACGAGGGGCUCUUGGCAG